AUGCCGCCUUACCCGUGGCUGAUGCGGAAGAAGCUCGACUUUGACUCGAUUCCGCUCCGCGUGAUGGCGAUGCAGACGCUCGGCGUGCCGUACCCGCAGUAUGAGGGGGACAAUCUGGAGCAGGCGAAAGCCGACGCUCAGGCGCAGGCCGCUUUGAUUGCGAAAGAGUUUGUCGAGCAGAACCAAGGUCAACCAUACACCGAACUCCCCGACCGCGCCGGCAACCUUGGCCAGUCGAUCGACCUCGCCGACAAAGAGGUGAUCGCCCUAGUGGCGUUCAUCCAGCGAGUUGGAACGGACCUCUUCAAAACCCCCGACGCUUCGGCCGAAGAAGUGUCGCCCGCGGACUCUGGCGUUCUCGGCACAACGGCCGAGAAAAGCGUCACCCCGGAGAUCAUGGUUAAAGAAUCGAUUGCCGACCUCGGCCUCACCCCGUACGCCGUGUACGGACUGCUCACUUUCUUCGGCGUCUACGCCGCGAUCACCGCUGAUCGGGUUGAGGACGACUCAGAGCUAGAGGAGUUCCAAGAACUCUUUGAGAGUGAACUUGAAGACCCGUUCGACGACGAGGAACGCGGCAUGGCCGAAGAAUCCACCACUCCGCUUGAGCCCGCUGGCGACGAAGUCCUCACCGGUCACUCAUACGACGGGAUCCAAGAAUACGACAACCCCACGCCGCGCUGGUGGGAGCUUAUGUUCGUCGCGACGAUCGUCUUCUCGCCGAUCUAUGCGAUUUGGUUCCAUGCGCCGCUGCAAGGCCGCACGCUCGCCGACCAGUACCAGGCCAGCCUCGCCGACAACAUGCGGCUGCAAUUUGGAGAGAUCGGCGACUUGACGCCCGACGAAACGACGAUCGUCAAGUUCAUGAACGACCCCAAGUGGCUCCCUGUCGGCGAGUCGACCUUCAAGACCAACUGCGUCUCGUGCCACGGCCCCGAAGGAAUCGGCAUCUCUGGCCCCAACCUCACCGACGACAACUACCUGAACGUCAAGAAGAUCGAGGACAUCGCCACAGUGAUCCGCGACGGCGCGAAGAACGGCGCCAUGCCGGCAUGGGGGAAUCGCCUCCACCCGAAUGAAGUCGUGCUCGCCGCCGCGUACGUGGCGUCGCUGCGUGGGAAGAGCUUGAAGAGCGCUCGACUCACGGAGGGCGUUGAGAUUGCUCCUUGGCCCUCCGGGGGCUGA